AAUUAAUGUUGCUUGAUGCUUAGUUUUAAUUUUACAUAACGUUGGUUUCAGCUCUAAGUUUCUUUUUAAGAUCAAACUUUCAACAAUUUCUUUCUUUACUUAUCAAAAUGAACCUUAACAUUUAGAUAUUAAGUUGGUUUGUUGGAUCAAAGAUUUCUGUCCUCUCUGUCAUGGCAACUAGACUCAAGUUUGAGAAUUCUUGUGAAAUUGGAGCCUUCUCAAAACUUACCAAUGCCUAUUGUUUGGUUGCCAUUGGAGGUUCUGAAAAUUUCUACAGUGCUUUUGAGGCUGAGUUAUCAGAUGUUAUCCCUGUGGUCAAAACCUCCAUCGGUGGCACUCGUAUUGUUGGCCGUCUUUGCAUUGGAAACAAGAAUGGGCUUCUCUUGCCCCAUACCACCACAGACCAAGAACUUCAACAUUUGAGAAACAGUCUACCUGAUCAAGUUCGCGUUCAGCGCAUAGAAGAAAGAUUAUCUGCUCUAGGAAAUUGUAUAGCAUGUAAUGACCAUGUGGCCCUCACGCACACUGAUCUCGACAAGGAAACUGAGGAGGUGAUUGCAGAUGUUCUUGGAGUUGAAGUUUUCAGGCAGACAGUUGCUGGUAAUAUUCUUGUGGGCAGUUACUGCGCUUUCUCCAACAAAGGGGGUUUGGUCCACCCUCAUACUUCUGUUGAAGACUUGGAUGAACUUUCUACACUUCUUCAAGUUCCUUUGGUUGCUGGGACUGUGAACCGCGGUAGCGAAGUAAUCGCUGCUGGCAUGGUAGUAAAUGAUUGGACAGCAUUUUGUGGUUCAGACACCACAGCAACAGAACUCUCAGUGAUUGAGAGUGUUUUCAAGCUGAGGGAAGCUCAGCCUAGUGCCAUUGUGGAUGAGAUGAGGAAAUCUCUCAUUGAAAGCUACGUCUGAGUUUCACUAAAGUACUCACUUUUCAAUACCAAGUUGUACUGCUUGUUGUAAAGAGCAUCUUACUUUGAUGAUAGUAUCUUUUCUUUUACCGUAAACAGUUGCUGUGAUAGAGUAUGUCUUUUCAAAUAUGAUCACAAUCACAUAAUUCAAUCAAGAUUUGUGGUUUUCACUAUUGUAAGUCAUCUUUCAUUUCAGUUUGUUGUUGUUCACAGAUCAAAUAUGGGUUCUCUUGCUUUGCAUAGACCCCCGCGUUAUAAAUAAAAAAGUUUUAUUUGAAAGCCA